GGCAACUUCUUUUCAUAAUCAAACAUGUGAACAAAUUUUAAAAAAAAAAAUCAAUUAAAAUCAAUAAAAAUUGAGCACCUCAGUGCAUUUUCCUUGCUCGAAUUUCACCAAUAAUAAAUAAACUCUCCUACUUUUCAAGUUUUGGAAAAUUCAAAUCUAAAAAUAAAGCUCAACUUUUCCGAUCCUGGACAAAAUUUCCUCAGUUAGUAUAUAGUGUUCGAUAACGAUCCGUUUAACAUUUAUUUAAGCGAGUUUGGACUAAUAUUUAAAUAAAAAUAUGGGAAAUUGGAGCAGCAGUGAAGAAAAUGUCGAAACAAGUCCAAACAAAUCGAACGAUGAAUUCAAGUUCGAAUUGUACGAAAAACGACGAGAAAUUUUAGAUGCCAAAAAGAAACAGUUUGACGAUUUACGAGAAGAAGUUAAAAGACUCAAAGAUGAAAACACAAUUUUAAAAGCAGCAUCUAAAGGAACCUUAACAGACGAUUUCAAUGAAGUAAUUCAAGAAAACGCAAAUUUAAAAGGGGAAUUAAAAGACACAAUCGAGCAACUGAGCCCUCUACUAGAAACAAAUAGGGAAUUAAAAAUGAGCAUUGCAGAAAUGCAAGAGGAAUUGCAAAAUUUAAACUCAGUUGUUCUAGAUUUUGAACAGGAAAGAGACGAAUAUAAAACACAUGUGAUUGCCUUGAAGGAUGUUAUAACUGUUUCUAAGAGAAUGUUGUUAAUACGGGAGGCACAACUUAAAGAGUUGAGAGAAAAAGUGGAAAGUAUUGAAGAAACUUUGUCUGGAAAAGAAAUGAACAUACUUUCGCAAGAUUUAAGAUUAGAAUAUGAGCGCCAAUUGAAAAGUAUAAGAAAUUUGAGGGCCUUAUACGAAGAACGACAACGAACUGAUCAUAAGGAAAAAGAAGAUUUAAAAAAGGCUUUAGAAGAAACUAAAAAGGAAUUGGAAAAUGAAGCAACGAAAAACAAAGAAUGUGAAGAACGUAUUAAAGAACUUGAAGAACAAAAUUCCCAAAACUACGACAAAAUCAAGUCUCUAGAGUCCAAUUUGGGCCUUGCCAAAGCCGAAUCGAGACAACACCAAGCCGAACUCACUGUUAUUAAUCAACUAUUUUCGGAAAUUUUGCUCGGUUUUAAUAGUUCUCAGGACAUCAACUUGGACAUGCUCACUAAGCAUUUGGAAGAUAAUCAUGCUUUGUUGAGGAAUAUUGUCAGCGAUGAGUCGUCGGCUGCUCUGCCCAAGGUUUUGUUGGACUUGGUUCAUCAAGUUCACAAUGAAAAAGAGAGGAAAUUGAGUAGCGGAGAGGUUAAGGAUGGUGGGAAAAGGUUGGAGACUAUUAUUGAAGAGACUGAAUCGUCAUCGGAUCAAAUAAACAGUGUAGAAGAAAUCGUUGAACUAUUGCCAAAAGUUUGGAGGGUCCUUAUUGAACUAUUAAGCCACCACAAAGUACCAGAAAACGUUAUUACAGAGGAAGAUUCAACUGAUGAUCAUCCAUGUUAUAAAACAGUACAAACUCCAAAAGGUCCAAGCUUAGUUCUAAGCGUCAGCCAAACCUUUAUAAGACUUAAAGACUUGAUCCUCGAGAAAAAAUCCCUGGAAAAAGAAACCGGCCACCUAAAACAACUAAACACCCACCUGGAAACUCGCUUGCAAGACCAAGAAAAACGCCUGAGCACAGUUUCAAAUGAGCUCAACAAAACCUGGCACGUGGUUGGCAAACUGCAAAAAGAACACCAACUGUUGCACACCCAAGAGAAAAUCUUGCGCUACGAGCUGGCUCAAAAACGUAAACUCUUGGCCACUCUACGACAAGAGCUGGAAUGUUCCAGAGAAAAAUGGCAAGAGGCCCGAGAGAAGAAUUCCAAAACCGAACAGCAAUGGAAGCAGCUAAGAGUUGAGUUUGCUUCUAGAAGAAGCACUGUAACCAGUGAUGAUUUGGAGAGUGGUUACAGCGACGAAAGAUGUUCAUCAAGCAGUGAUGAUGAGGAACCUGAUAACACUACAAUAACCCAACUUAGUGCUUCAUUAGUGGAUUCAAUAAUUGAAGAAGCAGUUUCGCAACUAAAUCAACCAAGUACGUCUGGGACUCAGAAAACCAAAACGUUGGAGGAGCAUUUGGCAGCAAAAGAGGAACGGUUGAAAAGGCUGGAAGGUCAAUGCGGUGAAUUGAUGCAGCAAGUUACAAAUACUACGCAAAAAAGCGUAAUGAUUUCGAAUAAGUUGGAUAAUCUUCACGAGGCUUAUGGUGGAGGAAAUCAAGCCAAAGAAUAAAGUUACAUAUCAAUAAUCUUUUAUAAUAAGGAUUUUAUACGGCAAAAUAAAUAAAUAUUUAUUUUUA